GGCUGGGCAGCGGAACCGGUACCGGGAGCGGUGCCGGGGGGAGCGCAGCGAUGCAGCCGCCGCCGCGCAAGGUGAAGCUGACCCAGGAGGUGCGGGUCCAUCUCCUGGAGCAGCUCUCGGGCCUGCAGGGCAAGCAGCAGCGGGACACAGAGCUGCUGGAGGACAUCAGGUCCUACAGCAAGCAGAGGGCUGCCAUCGACAGGGAGUACGGGCAGGCCCUGCAGAGGUUGGCCAGCCAGUUUGUCAAGAGAGACUGGCAGCGGGGCCGUGGCGAGGCUGGAGACUCCAGGAGUGUGGCCUCUGUCUGGAGGGGUGUCAUCGAGGGGACAGCACACGCCGGGCAGGUCCGUGUCACUGCCUCAGAGAGCUGGCGUGUUCUGGCCACCGAGGUCACCAAGACCACCCGCAUCUCCAAGGAACGGAUGCUCAAGAAGGGCAUUGAGAGGCUGCAGAAAGCCCAGGCAGAGCUGCUGGAGACCAUGAAGGAGCUGGACAAGGCAAAGAAGCAGUUCACCCACCUCCAGAGGAGCAGCGAGGUGGCCAAGGACAAAGCAGCCGAUGUGGAGGCUCGGCUCCGCAAGAGCGACCGGAGGAUCUUCCACACCAAGGCCAGCUUGCAAAAGCUCAGUGCCAAGGUCAGCGCGCGGUUGGCCGAGCACUCCCGGCAGCUGGCUGGGGUGCAGAACGAGUUUGGCUUCGCCCUGGUCUCUGCCACUGCCCACCUGGAGCACUACCAGAGGGUGGAGCUGCCCGCUGCCAUGCAGGCACUGGACGGGGACCUCUACGAGCGGCUGCGGGAGCACUUGUCCACGGCCAGCCGGACGGAGGUGGAGACCUGCAGGGCCACCCAGGAAUGGUUCCAGGGCAUUGAGGAGGCAUCAGGGCGGGUCUCCCGGGAGCAGGACCUCCAGCUCUUCCUGCAGGAGCAUCCUGCCUUCGCCCUGCCUCCCCAGCAGCCCUUCCAGCUCGCUGGAGUGGAGAAGGUGUCCCUGCUGUCCCCCGGGGACGAUGGUGCCAGCCUGGAGAAGGAGGCACGGCGCUGGGCUACACGCCUGGCCCGGGACCGCAAGAACAAGGCUCACUGCGAGGAGGUGCUGCAGCAUCUGGAGGCCAGGAGGCAGCAGGUCCCAGAGGCUGAGGUGGCGACGCUGGAGCGAGGGAUGGAAGAGGUGAAGGAAAACAUCCGGAAGGCUGAGGUCAGCCGGGUGAAGGCAGAGGCCAGGCUGUCCCUGCUGCGGGCAGCGGGGUUGGACGUGGAGGCUUGGCUGGGAGGGGCCGUGGUGAGGGUGGGCGAGGAGGCACCCACGGGGCUGGAUCCAGGCGAGUUUGAUGACUACGAGGACAGCGAGGAGGAGGAAGAGGAGGAGGAGCCCGGCCCCGCCACCCGCACCUACCCCUACACCUGCAGGGUGAUCUUCGGGUACCAGGGCUGCCAAGCAGACGAGCUGGCCAUCAGCCAAGGCGAGGAGCUGGAGGUCAUCGAGGAUGGGGACGCGGAGGAGUGGGUGAAGGCUCGGAACAAAGCUGGCCAGGUUGGCUACGUCCCCGAAAAGUAUCUGCUGUCCCUGGGGGGCGAGCAGGGGUCUGGGGGGGCUGGCCCCCCGGGUCCCGCCACCCUGCACCGCCAGCUCUCCAGCAUCAUGGCUGCGGAGCUGGUGCUGGAGCCUGGAGCCUGGCUGGUGCGAGCCCUGUACGACUACGAGGGGCAGAGCCCCGAGGAGCUGAGUUUCCCCGAGGGGGCCAUCAUCAGGGUGCUGCCCCGUGCCCCCGGGGAGGUGGACGAUGGCUUCUGGACGGGGGACUUCGAUGGCCGCAUCGGUGUCUUCCCCUCUUUGGUGGUGGAGGAGCUCACGGGGGCUCAGGGGACAGCCGGGCAGGAGCUGCCAUCACCUUCCCCACCGCCCUUCUCCCCUCCGGGCCUCACGCCCGGGGCCAGCCUGGCCCCCAGCCCCUACCCUGAGACACCUCUGGGAGGCUGCAGGCAGGAGGGGACAGGCAGCGGGCAGAGCUCUCCGGACCUGGCAGCCACCCGCCUCCGCCCGCUCCGUGCCCCCCCACCACCCCCCAGCAGAACCCCGGAGCCUGACCCCGACCUGCACUUCAGCUGACCCCCCUUGGGUCCCCCCUUGGAUCUCCCUGCUCCCCAGAAAGCUUCAUCCAAGUGAACCCCCCCCUCCCCGAGCUGGUCUCUGGGGGGGGGCCUCAUCCUGCCCAGUGCUGCUCACGGAACCAUCCUGGAUCCCUGGGGAGCACCCUGGCACCUCCCAGGAUGGGUGCUCAGUGCCCCAUCUCACCAGGCUCUGCCUGGACCCCCCCACACACUGCAGCCCUGGGUGAAGGGGUGCUCAGCCUGCACCCCAGGCACCUCCCUGCAGGUUGGGGGGGGGGCGGGUGGGGGGUCUGUGCCCCAAUAAAUCCAGAGUU